AUGGGAAACACCGAAAACACAUCUCUGGACACCGUGGUCACAGAUUUCAUUCUCCUGGGCUUACCUCACCCCCAAAAUCUGAGGAUCCUCCUCUUCCUGGUCUUCCUCAUCAUUUACAUCCUCACUCAGCUAGGGAACCUGCUCAUUCUGCUCACUGUGUGGGCUGACCCAAAGCUCCACGCUCGCCCCAUGUAUGUGCUUCUGGGUGUGCUCUCAUUCCUGGACAUGUGGCUCUCCUCAGUCAUUGUUCCUCGUCUAAUAUUGGACUUUACUCCUGCCAACAAGGCAAUACCGUUUGGUGGUUGUGUCGCUCAGUUGUAUUUCUUUCAUUUCCUGGGCAGCACCCAGUGCUUCCUCUACACCUUGAUGGCCUACGACAGGUACCUGGCAAUAUGCCGGCCUCUGCGCUACCCCAUGCUCAUGAAUAGUAAGUUAUGCACCAUUCUUGUGGCUGGAGCUUGGGUGGCUGGCUCCAUCCAUGGAUCUAUCCAAGCCACCUUGACUUUCCGCCUGCCCUACUGUGGGCCCAACCAAGUGGAUUAUUUUUUCUGUGACAUCCCCGCAGUAUUGAGACUGGCCUGUGCUGACACAACUGUCAAUGAGCUUGUGACCUUUGUGGACAUUGGGGUAGUGGCUGCCAGUUGCUUCAUGCUGAUUCUGCUCCUCCUAUGCCACAUAGUCCAUGCCAUCCUGAAGAUACGCACGGCUGAUGGGCGACGGCGGGCCUUCUCCACCUGUGGCUCCCAUCUAACCGUGGUCACAGUCUACUAUGUCCCCUGUAUUUUCAUUUACCUUCGGGCUGGGUCUAAGAGUCCCCUAGAUGGAGCAGUGGCUGUGUUUUACACUGUUAUCACUCCAUUUCUGAACCCCCUCAUCUAUACACUGAGGAACCAGGAAGUGAAGUCUGCUCUGAAGAGAAUAGCAGGAGGUCGGGGGGCUGCAAGUGAAAAUAAGUAA